UCAGCAGUACCGCUCCGACUGCGCGGGGGAGAGGAAGGGAGAGGCGGCUCUCAAUGGGGAGGGCUCUGUGAGACGCUGCCUACCUGUUGGAGCUGUUUGCGGGAGACUGUCGUACCCACACCGAUCGUGGAUCUGCGGAAGGCCUCUGCAUUACUGAGGGGAUAAAGAAACAAACCGCCUCAGCAUGUCUGUAAAAGUAUUCAUGUGCGCAGUGUUGGCUGCGUACCACGGGACGCAAAUCUGUAGUGGAUUUAAUAUAGAUGCACGGUUUCCUGUGAUUAAGGAGGGGAAAACCAAAGGGAGCUUCUUUGGAUUCUCAGUAGCUCUGCAUCUACAGACGACGGGCUCCAGAAAACACCUGCUUCUCACAGGAGCACCCAAAGAAAAAGCCAUAUCCCUCCAAAAUGUCAAUGAAACAGGGGCUGUCUACUCCUGUCCCAUAACCACAGACAGCAGCGACUGCACCAGGAUGGACUUGGUCACCUCAACAAAUCCAAACGAAAUGGUGGAGGGUAUGUGGCUGGGUGUGACCGUGGCCACUCAGCGGGGUCAGCCGGAGGGACGUGUACUGGCAUGUGGGCAUCGCUAUGUGAAAAUCAUCAAAGGGGGCAACGAGGAGCAGCGGCAUAUGAUAGGGAAGUGUUAUGUGCGAGGUAAUGAUCUGACCUAUGACCUCAGCGACGAGUGGCAGGCUUACAGUUAUGAGGUCUGCAACCCCAACUUAGACAUGAACAAUGAGGGCAUGUGCAACAUGGGCAUCUCAGGAGGCAUGACAGAAACGGACGUCUACAUUGGCUCCACCGGCAGCUACUUGUGGCAAGGAAAUGUCCACACAACGUGGAGAAAUCCAGAUCCACUGAAUUCUUGGGACUCUAUUGACAAAAGCUUUGGGCAGCUGAAAGGAUACAGACACAGCUACAUGGGUUAUUCAGUUGUUGAGGAGAAAAAACUGCUGAGCCGUGACGAGUACACGGUGGUGACGGGGUCUCCCAGGGACGAGGGGAAUAAGGGCUCUGUUUUGUUCGGGACCCAGUUGGAUCGCAGCAUCGAGCCGGGCUUUAAAAUCUCUGGAGAACAAGUUGGCUCAUAUUUUGGGAACAGCCUCGUUGUCACUGACCUCAACAAUGAUGACUGGAAUGACCUGAUCAUAGGUGCCCCAUUUUACUUUGACCGUAUGAAGCGUCACGGAGGAGCGGUGUACGUCUUUAUGAACGAGAAUGGAUCAUUCCAGAAGACUGCCACCAUGGUACUGACAGGUCCACCGGGCUCUGGUUUUGGUUUUGCGUUGGCCGCCAUCGGUGACAUCAACCAAGAUGGGUUUCAAGACUUUGCUGUGGGUGCUCCGUUCAGUGACACAGGGAAGGUUUACAUAUGGAUGGGAAGUAAACAAGGAAUCACAGAGAAGCCCAGUCAGGUGAUCGAGGGUAAGUCAGUAGGAAGUGAAGGGUUCCAGACCUUCGGCUACUCCAUCAAUGGAGGGAUGGACAUGGAUGACAACAGUUAUCCUGACGUCUUAGUGGGCUCUCUUGAUGACCGUAUUGCACUGCUCAGAGCUCGUCCUGUCAUCCACUUAACUAAGGACUUCAACGUGGAACCAAAGAUUGUGGAUCCUAAUAAGUGUCCUAAAAACACACCAUGCAUUACAGCGACUCUGUGCAUGUCUUUCACCCUCAGCAAUGGAAACAAAAACUUCAAGAAAAACAUCACGGUGAAAUACACAGUGGAGGCUGACAUGGAGAGGAGAAAAACCCCUCGUGUUCAUUUCUAUGACAAUAAUGGCGACAAAUACAACGGCUUGUUGAGCCUCCCGGCAUCCAAGCGCCAGUGUCACAGUCUGAAGCUCACUGUAGAGGGACCUGUGCGGGACAAACUGGAGCCGGUGGUCUUUUCUCUCAACUUGUCCAUACAUGAACAAAAACCUAAAGUCAGACGCACCCUGCAGAACCUGGACUCUUAUCCAAUUUUCAGCCAGGAACAGAAGCUCACCCAAAGAACUGAGAUUAAUUUUCAGAAAGAGUGUGGCACGGACAAUAAAUGUACCAGCAACCUGCAGCUGACAGCCAUGUUUGUUGACACAAAUAAAAAACCGUACCCCAGGAAAAAUAAAUCCCAAAUCCUUCAGUUCAACAGUAAUAUGAAGAUAUUACGACUCCUGGUGGAGGUGACAAACUUUCCUGCUCCUGGGAAGUUGGCGGAGGAUGCCCAUGAUGCCAUGAUCAACGUGUCCAUCCCCCAUGCACUGAGCUACUCUGGUGUCAGGUCUUCGGACCAUGAUGUAGAAUGCAGCGCUGAAGAAACAGUGAUUUGUAACCUUGGGAAUCCACUCAAAGGCAAUGAAAAGGUGUCACUGCAGAUCUGGUUUGAGACGUCAGGGAUUGAUCUGUACACUCAAGAGCUCGUGUCCCACCUGCUUCUGUCAACUCUUAGUGAACAGAAUGACCUGAAGCCUGUCCCUGUGACCAUGCUGAUUGAAAACACCAUCCUCCCCACCUUCUCCAUAACGAACCCGUUGCUACGAACACAGUUUAGUGGGACGGUGAUGGGCGAGUCAGCCAUGGUCAACACCAGUGACGUAGGCAGUCUGGUGGAGUUCACCUUCAAUGUAAACGUAGGGGGAAAGCCUCUUGGAGACUUGGGGACUCUGGCUGUGGAGUUUGAGUGGCCCUUUGAGGUUCCCAAUGGAAAAUGGCUGCUCUACCUGACCAAGAUUUUUAUCGAGGGGGAAUCGGAGACUGAGUGUAACCCUCCUGGAGAGAUUGUCAACCUGCUUAAUCUAACUUUGUCAGAAACCAGAAAAAAGCGGAAUAAGCGGCAGAUUGAGGUGGAUGACGGUAAUGAUGCAACGCAACCGCAUAUUAUUGAACCACAGGCAGCGAUCACGGUGCUCAGCCCUCAGAAAGAAAGCUACCUGUUGGAAUGCUCCAAGGGUACAGCACGAUGCGUGACCUUCACCUGUCCACUGCUCAACAUGACCGACUCAGCCAAGAUUUAUGUCCGAUCCCGUUUGUGGAACAGCACAAUGCUGGAGGAUUAUUCCAAUGCUCUGAGAGUUACGGUCAAAGGUCAAGCAACACUGAAGCUCAUUACAGAUAAACCGACCAUCAAGAUGGACAAUCAGCUGGCCGUGUUCACAGUGGAAAUAGAUCCGGUGGAGGAUGUGGAGACACUUUAUGAGCUCCCGCUGUGGAUCAUCAUCUCUGCAGCUGUAGCCGGAAUUGUACUACUAGGAAUUAUUAUCCUUAUACUGUGGAAGCUUGGAUUCUUCAAGCGAGCCAUCUACUACCGGAUAAUGCCAAAGCACCAGGGGGUGAAAAUUCGCAAGGCUGAGCGCUAUGAAUUCAAUCUGGGAUUUCAGCCUGAGGAGCCGCAGAAGAAGUAUUGGAUCACCAACUGGACAGAGAUGCAGCAUUAUUACUACUGAGGCCUUUACUUUGAAACCACUCGCCAUCAUGCUCUUCCCUCAGUCUGGCCUUUCACAGAACAUUGGGCUGGGUCGAGUCAGGGACCUGUGGAUGUCUUUGAACAUUUUUAGGUUUUUGUUGUUUUUUUUUUCAGUGCAAUAUACUGAACAUUUUGUUUCAGAGAUUGUAAUUUUUUGUUCAAUUUUUCUGAUGAAUGCAGUGUUGUACAUUGGAAUCACGGUUGCAUUCGAGAGUAAAUUGUAAAUUGGUAUAUGUUGUUGCAGGUUUUAAUGUAUCAGACUAUUGAGUUGUUUCCAGUUUUGUGAAUCCUCUGGACUCAUUUGCAUCAUGGUCUUUUUUCCCUCUGUAAUGAGAGGAUUGUAUACCAUAGGUUCUCCUCUUCGUGGUCUGUGGUUACUGGCUCUAUGCGGGCCUUAAACAUACAGUAAGUGUUUUUGGAGACAUGUUCAGUACACUUAAAUAUGUGGACCAGUUACUACUCUGUAAUGAGUCAACAAGCAUUUUAUGUGAAUAUCCAUGUCAGUGUUUGGAGAGCAUUACUUCAAUGCUUUCAAUUCUUCAUCAAAUACAAUUUUAGUUUUGGCACAGAGCUCAAAGGCAGAAUAUAAUUUUGUAUUUUUGUAAGUCUACAUACUAUAAACAUUACCUUCCCUGGUUUCAGUACAAAGAGGUACAGAGGGGAGAUUUGCUCUUGUGAAUUUCAGUACAUUCUACCAAGCAACUUGCAAAUAGUAAAAGCUUUUUGUUUGUGUGUAUGAUUAGCAUGUACAUGAUUAUUUAUUUCACUGUCAUUAUUCCAUUAGAAUGCCUAUGUGUAAAACCUUGAAAUAAUUCACAAAGAGUCAUGACACUGGAUUAAUAAUAUCUGUUCAGAGACUUAACGUUGAAGCUCUUGCAGAUACAUACUGUAUGUUAUCAUUUGUAAAUAGACGUUUCAUUGAAUUGACCAUUUGAUCGAAUGAACAUGUCAUUAGCCUUUGUCUUUUCACUGUCCCUAAGCUUUGUAUUUUUGUAUGAGAAAGUAAGCUGACACUUGGAUUGUUUCCAAGCCAAUGUGGCCCCCAUUGAGGUCAACCUACAGCACUGAAAGUAGACUGAUCCAAGAGAAGACAAGUCAUUGAACAUCUCUGUGGGACCAAGUGUUAUGUUACCACUUUGGCUGAUGUUACCUGAGAGCCCACAGGUAUUCUGCUGUGAGACUGAUAACUCUGACCAUUGGAGGGGCUCCAUUGACUCAACAUUGACUCCACUGAGCAAAAAGGGAAAGGCAGAAACCAAUGUACAAACACUCAGUGGUGUUUUUUUUUUUUUUUACAGUGCAGAUUCAAUGUAAUUAAAGUAUUUUUAAAAACAUUUA